UGGCCUCACAAAAAGGCGGACGAUGAAAGGUUACAAAACAAUUUGGGAGUUAAUGUUUGCAUUGCUCUUCGUCUCAACAUUAAUCAAGGUUACUAACAGUCAGGGAACGUUCUUGGUUGAGCUAAAGAGUUAUAUAGAACAUGUAAAAGGUGUCGGUGUCAGAUAUCGAUGUCUCAAGCUGUGUGUGACGACAUCGCCUUCUGGUUUUCCACGUUGUAACCUCAACACGACAGCAAACACAAAGGAUAGAGCCUGGAUAGAACUUAAACAGGACGUUUAUAAACCCUGGGCCUACGGAACCAUCCCAACAUUUUUAUUUUCUGAUUGGGAGGACAACAGUGAACUGAGUGCAACUGUCUGGACAAUUCCCACAUCAUCAAUAACAUUAUGUAAAAAAACAGAUCCAACCAACACCACAACUCUUGGUGAGGCAACUGUAAUUAUACCACGAUUAGAACAGUUUGAAACAUACAAAAUAAUUGCGGAUAAUUGGACACUCGAAGUAACAACGAUACUAAAAUGCAAGAGUGAUGGAUGCCUUGUUCCUUGUGUGGCUCGAGACAACAGCACAGGUCACUACACUUGUCGUGAAGGAAAUAAAAAAUGUCUUCCAAAGUGGUUUGGUGAAAAUUGUCUCAAAACUUGUGUCAAACCAAGUGACCCACCUGGAAACUACAAAUGUUCCAAGACUGGUCAAAAGGGAUGUCUUCCAAACUGGUUUGGUGAAAACUGUACAACAAACUGUAAGGAAACUGCUUUAACUUACACGUGUGACGUGGAUGGCAAGAAAAUCUGUUUGGAGAACUGGUAUGGUGGUAACUGCUCAACAUUUUGCCACACCAGCUCAGAAAACUACCAGUGUUCCUUGAAUGGUACAAUUACCUGUGGGGAUAACUGGUUUGGAAAACAUUGCGACAAAUUUUGUAACACCAGCGCUGUUAACUACUAUUGUGCUCGUAAUGCAACUAAAGUUUGCAAGCAAAACUGGUUUGGAAAAGAUUGCCACAAAUUUUGUAACACCAGCGCUGUUAACUACCAUUGUACUCGUAAUGGAACUAAAGUUUGUAGGCAAAACUGGUUUGGAAAAGAUUGCGAUAUUUUUUGUGACAAAAACGCCACCCACUAUGACUGUGAUGAAGAUGGUGGGAAAAUCUGUUCACCGAACUGGUUUAACAAAAAUUGCUCAAAAUUUUGCGAUAGAAAUUCAGGGAAAUAUAACUGCUCUGACACUGGCGAUAAAACUUGUGUUUGCAACUGGUUCGGUAAUGAAUGCGAGAGGUUUUGUAACGAAAGUUCCUUACAGUACAAGUGUUUGUCUAAUGGGACGAAGUGGUGUUAUCCCAAGUGGUAUGGUACUGAGUGUUCUGUUCACUGUAACGACAGCUUUGUGGAAAGUUACAGUUGUGAUAGCACAGGAAAAAAAAUUUGUAACAAGAAUUGGUAUGGCGUAGAUUGCAACAAGUUUUGUAAUGAAACUUCAAUCAAUAAAAGAUGCGAUAAACACGGAGAGAUUGUUUGUAACCCAGGCUGGUUUGGGCUGAACUGUACCACUUACUGUAAUUCCAGCUCUCGUAACUACAAUUGUAGUGACACUGGAAGAAAAAUCUGUUCUCGAAAUUGGUUCGGAGAAGACUGCUCUGUUUAUUGUGACAACACCACGUUGCGCUAUGUCUGCGAUAAAAACGGUGAAAGAGUUUGUUCACAAAAUUGGUUUGGUCAAAAUUGUACGAAAUUUUGUAACACAAGUGCAGAGACUUAUAACUGCUCUUCAGAUGGUGAAAUAAACUGUCUACCAAACUGGUAUGGUGAGAAGUGUUCCGUUUAUUGCGAGGAUAACGCCACAACUUACAAAUGUGAAAGCGACGGUAACAAAACUUGCUCAAAUGAUUGGUUUGGAGAACAUUGUAACGUUUUUUGUAACACGAGUUCAGUGAAUUUCAAAUGCAACGAAAGCGGGGGAGUGAUAUGUUUGCCAAAUUGGUACGGACAAAAUUGCAGCAAGUUCUGCGAUUCCAACUCAGGUUUUUAUAAUUGCUCCAACGGCGGUGAUAAGCUGUGUUUACCUGGAGAUGAAUGUUCAUCUCACUGUAAAGAGAUUGAGUCUAUCGGUGAUCUUUAUCUUUGCAAUACCGCUGAGAAAUUAUCACGCUGUCCCUAUGAAUGGAUGGAGAGACGCUGUUCAGCAAAAUGUAUAAAAGGUAAAGGUGAAGAACUAGAAAAUGUCUUGGACAAAUGCAAAAAUGAAAGUAACGUGUUUCAGUUAUGUUCUCGAGGAACAAAAGAUGCGAAUCCAAAAUGUGGUUUGGACAAAGAUCCUGGAGAUGAAAUUGACACCAAGACAUCAAAACAACUUCUAUUUGGCAUAUUUGGAGGACUGCUUGCCUUUGUUGUAUUAUUCAUUACUAUCAUUAUUGUUAGGAAGAAGAAGACUGCAUGGUUUCGGGCGGAUAGUAGUACGAGCGUUAUUGACCUGCAAUCGCCGAAAAUAAAGCAGUCAAGACGAAGAUUGUUGUCUCUGGAAUUACGCUCGUCACAAGUAAAUCCUAGUUCAGACGACGUGGAUGAAAGAGAUCAAAACAUAUUCACAAUCUGAUAUUCUCACAAGCACGUACAUGAUUCAAAGUUCAAACAUGUGAUGAUGCAGAGUUGACAAAGUUCAAACAUCUCAUGAUGCACACUAUGAACUACACAUAGCAGAAGCGAUCACUUGACGUUUUAUCCAAGAGUUUAACGAGAGACUCUCUUGUAAUCACUGUUAAAAAGUUUCAUGUUGUGGAUUAGCUCCAAAUCUUCUUGGAAUAUAAUUUUGAUCUAUGAUUUUGAAACAUGUAUUCAGUUAAUGUAUGAGAUCAUUUUAUGAUGAUUUUAUACUUACACUGGAUAGAUUUUUCAAAACUCAAUCUAGUCACGAGAAUUGGAGCUAAUCAUUGCUAGGUUUCUAACUGCCUUCCUGGGUUCCAACCUAAAAACUUAUCUGGAUUAAUAGUUCUGGGGUAUGAUCCUUCUAAUGUUGCAUACUUACGCAUUAGAACCUUCAUAAUCCAUCAAAUCGAAACUUCCACGAUGAACUGUUAAUUAAGACCUUUAAAUCUCGCGCGGACUCCCGCGGGACAUACUCUCACAGCAAAUUUCUAAUUUCAGUCUGCAGCUAUCACCAAACUGCAUUUAAAACGACUGAUGUAGACAAAAUAUUGAAAACUAUUUGAGUGGUAACAAGAAUUGGAGUCAGUACACAUUGACAUAGAAA